AUAUACACACACCUAUUGAAAGAGGUCCAUCUACUUAUCACUUAAAUUAUUUCAAAAGCCAAUUUGUGGUAUACUGAACUUAGAAGUUACUCUUCCCCAAAGGAGCUCCCCAAUUCUCAAGUGUUGCUUCCUUUGAAAGAGCAAUCAGAACACCCCAAAGCCUGCCCCCCAUGGUCUGUUUCUCCAUCAUCUUCUGGGCAAAGUCCAUAACAUUGCUUGUGACAUCAAGGCUUACUUCGGUUCACUCAGAACUGGGUUUAUUGUUCUUUAGGGGGUAACUUCUUAGUUGCUAUCACUGCAAUCAAGUGAUCUUAGAAGCAAAUUGCCACUCAUGUGCACACUUGAGAGUGUCACAAUAGAUAUAUUAAUGUCCUGUCCUUGAUUUUGAUACCAUAUCCACUGUGGAUGGCAGCUGAUUAUGGAUAGAAUAUUGUGGCAAAGGCCAUGAUCUUCAGAUGAUGAAACUGAAUGUUGGAGAGUCUGAGAAUACCAGCCCCCAAAACUGUCACCUCACAAGGCCAAGCAGUGAAAAAUAAAGAAGAUAAGAAAAAUAAAUAAACUCUUUAAAAAGAAGAGUUUAGAUGAAGGAAGAUGUUUACUAUGAAGACACUUCCAAAAAACAGAAACUUAGUGACUGAGAGGCUCAAUGGUUAAGGUUUUGGUUCAGUUCUCGGUUCUGACAAUUAUUAAUUUUGUAACUUUGAGUAAGUUCACUGUACUUUCAUAUCACUCUGACUGCUCAUCUAUAAAAUGGGGAAAAUAAUAGCUGUUAUCUCCCUCACAAAGUUGCUGUGAAGACUGAAGGAAAACAUACAAGCAAAACAUUUAGCACAUUCCUAGCACAAAGGAGGUGCUCCAUAAAAAGUGGUUAUUUUUAUUAUUACCAAUAUUUUAUUUUGAUACUAUUAUGACAUCAAACAAAAGCUCCUGGAAUUAGAAUAAAUGGACAGGACAAUUAAGGCAAGCAGGAGGCAGCAUCCGCAAAGGUAAAUGUGGUCCAUGUGCCACAGUUGUUAACACACCUCUUCUCUGUGUUUAGAUCUGAGUGAAGGCUGUUGCAUGGCCAUGACUGGGUAUGGCUGUGCUGGUGAUGACUCACCAUGGAGUAGGAUACGGGUAAUAAGAGGAAGUCAUGCUCCUGAGACAGCUCCCAGGACGGAGGUUGCUUGGCUUUCAGGAGGCAGCUGAGUAGGAACGGUGGACCCGGCAGCUGUGCUGCCCUAUCCCUGUGGCUGGCUCAGCUUCUCUGACAGGGAGAGAACCUAAGUCUACGCUGUGGUGGCUGUCCAUAGGGGAAUGUCACAGAGCACACUCUUUCUUCAACUUUCUCUUAUCUAAUCUAAGUGGUCUCUGUUAUCAUUUUCCCAGGGAAACAUCAGCUCAGGGGAUUUGAUUGAUAGAAAAGGAGUGAGGAAGGGAAUAUGUGUGAAGGAAGCUAAAAGCCCAUGGGGAGAGUAUUGGACUUUCUGUGGAAGGGAAGUUUGAAGACGAGGCACCAUCAGGAUGUACCCACACAGACCAAACACCUCUAGAAUCCUGAGUCAGCAUCUUCCCCUCAUGCUGAUUCCUACUCCCUGCCUCAACCAAAAUUCCAUUGUUCGCUGGCAUCACUAUUCCCCUAGUCAUGCAGAAAUGGAACUUGGAGCUCCUCUGUGGCUCUAUUAUAAACCCCUCCUCCAUUCAACCCAUUACCAUGACUUUAUUCCAUACAGUUUUUCUUUCUACGCACUUCCCUCCCCUCUGCCAUCCCGCUGCCUUCAUCACUCCUGCAACACCAAACUAACCACUCUGUUUCUUGUCUUUAUCCAAUCCGUCCAGAUCCCCAGUAUCACACCAGCGUUUCUUAGAUAUUAUUGUGUCUUGCCACACCUUUCCUCAAAAGCCUUAUUUUCCCCAAUGCUUUCUUUUCUAAUGUAUGAAGUUCUGACUUUUCGUUAUGACUUUCAUGAUUCCCCACCAGCUGGCUCCAGGGGGCACAAUGGCUUUACUCCACUUCUCCACACCCACCCUCAUCCCAGCAAGUGCACCAUGGCCCUGGCACAGUGCUGAUGGAAUCUGAAAAUAUCGCCAGGGAAUCAUUUGCAAGACUAUCCUAAUAAAUUACAUUUUUUUUUUCCUGGAAUGGGGAAACAAGGGACAGAGGGUGAAACACUUUCCCCAAAAAAUGUGCUUGCCUCACUGAGACCACAGGUAAGGGCUUAAUAUGAUGUGAGAAAGAGGAUUUCUAACUUGGAAUGUAAUUCAUUUCCUUGAAUAUUUAGAAAGCAUCUUGGAUGGGCAGGAAUGAAAACCAGACACUGUACCUGCCAUGACAUAGUUUUCAAUCAAUAAGGAGAUGAAGAGGCAAGCUACCAGUGUAACAGAAAGCAGAAUGAAAGAAAGAGGGACUCAGUAAAGCCUUGUUCUUUUGUUGAAGGCAUGAGAUCCUAUGAGAUAGGCAUGGGCAAGUAUUACCUUCAUUUUCCAGAUGACAAAACUUGCUUACCUGCCCCAGAGUUUAAGUGGCUUGCUUAUUGUCACAGAGCUAAUAAUUAGCAGAUUAGGGUCUCCUAGCUGGGUGAUCUUUUGAAUGCAUGCCUCUGCCAGCAGCCAGCAGAGCUAUGAAACACCGAAAGAAACAAUUAAGCCUGCUUGGGAACAAGUGUGAACGGGCAUGGAGCUGGGAGGUCUCCUGGGAAAGGUGGCAUUUGACCUGGGAAUUGAUGAAUCCCAGAAAAGCCAAUCAGAGAGGUGUGAAAACAAAACUAAAAUGGAGACUGGGCCUGAAAAAUUCCCAGGCAGACAAAGCCGAAGACCUUAAAAAUAGCCAUGUUCUUGCUAAAACUACAAACAUAAGUGAAACUUAACUUGGGUCAAUUUCCGAUAAAUGCUUAUGACAGAAAUAACAAUUUAACCCCAGCCGAUGAUAAGUAGUCAACUAACAUAUGAUUAUGUGACUAGGGACUUUCCAAAAAGUUACUUUAAAAAGGCAAUUAUGUAACUGCAAACCAGUCAAAUAAUGUUUUAUUUUGCUUCUGUAACUUCCCAGUAAAUGCUUGCCUCUGACACUUUGUCAUCGCAACAUUAAACUUUUGUCAGUCUGGUGCUCCCCAAUUCAUGAAUUGCUUCUUACUUAAAUAAACUCUUUAAAAUUUUACUGUGCCUCAUAUUUUUUAAUAGAGAAGAAAGGAGAGAAGGAAGAAUAUUUUAGAAAUAAAGGAACUUCACGGGCAGAGUCACAGUGCGAGACAAGAGGAGCAGACCAAGGGCAAGAUUGCUGGGGGAGUGAGGACUCCCUCCCUCUUCUCCCCUGAGAAGCUGAGAUAAAGGGGGAGGAGAAACCUGGGUGCCCCCUACUGAUAAGCAGGCUCCACCCAGAGGCCAGUCCUGUGUGUCUGGGGACAAGGGGGAAAGAGCAGCAGAAGUGUCCCUUCUCCAAGAUCAAGGAACGGGGGUGGGGGCAGAAGGGGGACCGUUUCCUGGACCCCAGUCCUCCAAAUCAGCACCUAGAGUGGAACCAGGAACGAUUCUGGAGCCACAGAGGAUAGACAGACGCUUCUGUCUCCUCCUUCUCCCUCCACUCACUUCAGGAAAGUGGGGACCAAAGUGAGGAAGAGCCGAGGGAACCCAGCCAGGCAGGUGGAAUGGGGACUCUCUGGAGCCAAGAGAGCACUCCAGAGGAGAGGCUGCCCGUGGAAGGGAGCAGGCCAUGGGCAGUGGCCAGGCGGGUGCUGACAGCUAUCCAGGUUUUGGGCCUGCUCCUUUGUUUUUCUGUGCUUUUGUUCUACAUCUUCCAGAACUGUGGCCCUCGCCCCUGUGAGACAUCUGUGUGUUUGGAUCUCCGGGAUCAUUACCUGGCCUCUGGGAACACAAGUGUGGCCCCCUGCACCGACUUCUUUGGCUUUGCCUGUGGAAGGGUCAAAGGGACCUAUAAUUCUUUUCAGGAGCUUGCCACAAAGAACAAAAACCGACUUCGGAGAAUACUGGAGGCCCGGAAUUCCUGGUACUCAGGCUCUGGGGAGGAGAAAGCCUUCCAGUUCUACAACUCCUGCAUGGAUACACGUGCCAUUGAAGCUGCAGGGACUGGUCCCCUCAGACAAGUUAUUGAGGAGCUUGGAGGCUGGCGCAUCUCUGGUAACUGGACUUCCUUAAACUUUAACCGAACGCUGAGACUUCUCAUGAGUCAAUAUGGCCAUUUCCCUUUCUUCAGAGCCUACCUGGGACCUCAUCCUGCCUCGCCACACACACCAGUCAUCCAGAUAGACCAGCCAGAAUUUGAUGUUCCCCUCAAGCAAGAUCAGGAACAGAAGACCUAUGCCCAGAUCUUUCGGGAAUACCUGACUUACUUAAAUCAGCUGGGAACCUUGCUGGGAGGAGACCCAAACAAGGUGCAAGAACACGCUUUCAGGUCCCUCAUCAUCACUUCACGGCUGUUCCAGUUUCUGAGGCCCCUGGAGCAGCGGCGGGCACAGGGCAAGCUCUUCCAGAUGGUCACUAUCGACCAGCUCAAGGAAAUUGCCCCUGCCAUCGACUGGUUGUCCUGCUUGCAAGCAACAUUCACACCGAUGUCCCUGAGCCCCUCUCAGUCCCUCGUGGUCCAUGAUGUGGAAUAUUUGAAAAACAUGUCACAACUGGUGGAGGAGAUGCUGCUAAAGCAGAGGGACUUUCUGCAGAGCCACAUGAUCUUAGGGCUGGUGGGGACCCUUUCUCCAGCCCUAGACAGUCAAUUCCAGAAGGCACGCAGAAAGCUCAGCCAGAAACUGCGGGAACUGACAGAGCAACCACCCAUGCCCGCCCGCCCGCGAUGGAUGAAGUGCGUGGAGAAGACAGGCACGUUCUUCGAGCCCACGCUGGCGGCUUUGUUUGUUCGUGAGGCCUUUGACCCGAGCACCCGAAGUGCUGCCAUGGAAUUAUUCACUGCGAUCCGGGAUGCCCUCAUCACUCGCCUCAGAAAGCUUCCCUGGAUGAAUGAGGAGACCCAGAACAUGGCCCAGGACAAGGUUGCUCAACUGCAGGUGGAGAUGGGGGCUUCAGAAUGGGCCCUGAAGCCAGAGCUGGCCCGACCAGAAUACAGAGAUAUACAACUUGGACCAAACUUCCUGCAGUCUGUCCUGAGCUGUGUCCGGUCCCUCCAAGCUAGAAUUGUCCAGAGCUUCUUGCAGCCUUGCCCCCAACACAGGUGGAAGGUGUCCCCUUGGGAGGUCAAUGCUUACUAUUCAAUAUCUGACCAUGUGGUAGUCUUUCCAGCUGGACUCCUCCAACCCCCGUUCUUCCACCCUGGCUACCCCAGAGCUGUGAACUUUGGCGCUGCUGGCAGCAUCAUGGCCCACGAGCUGUUGCACAUCUUCUACCAGCUCUUGCUGCCUGGCGGGUGCCCAGCCUGUGACACCCAUGCCCUCCAGGAAGCUCUCCUGUGCCUGAAACGCCAUUAUGCUGCCUUUCCAUUACCCAGCGGAACCUCCUUCAAUGACUCCCUCACAUUCUUGGAGAACGCUGCAGACGUGGGGGGGCUAGCCAUUGCGCUGCAGGCAUACAGCAAGAGGCUGUUAUGGCACCGUGGGGAGACCGUCCUGCCCCGCCUGGACCUCAGCCCCCAGCAGAUCUUCUUUCGAAGCUAUGCCCAGGUGAUGUGUAGGGAGCCCAGCCCCCAGGAAUCUUAUGACACUCACAGCCCUCCACACCUCCGAGUCCAUGGGCCCCUCAGCAGCACCCCAGCCUUUGCCAGAUACUUCCGCUGUGCACGUGGUACCCUCUUGAGCCCCUCCAGCCGCUGCCAGCUCUGGUAACUUGGUUACCGAAGAUGCCACAGCACAGAAAUAUCGACCAACACCUCCCUGGUCACAUCCAUGGAAUCAGAGCAAGAUUUCCUUUCCACUUCUGUUCCAAAAAUAAAAGCCGGCACUUGGCUUCUGCUUGUCUCUUAA